UAUUGUUUUGAAGGUUUUGAAUUUUUUUCAUUUUAUUCCUCCAGUUAUCCGUUAUCCAAAUAAUUAGAAUUUUAUAAAUUCACUGUACGAAAGUUGUAGAGUGUUUGUAUUUUUUGCUCCGUUGAUCAUAAAUUAAAGGUAUUAAGUUACAAAGUACAGACAACAAACAGUUCUCAUUUUUAAAUAAAAUAAUUUGAACUUGGAAGGCAAAUAUAUAUGUUAAAUAUGUAUAUGUAAAUAAAAGUGUUUAUUAUAUAGUGAAAUUUUAUUUUACAACAAUCAUUGCCUCAAAAUGAAACUGAAAUAUAAAUGUGAUAUAAAGUCAAAUGUGAAAACUCCAAUUUUGCAUAAAAAUACAGUACUAAAAUCAACAAAAUGUAUGAAUAUAAUUUUUUUGCUGCUAAGUAUUAUUUUGUUGGUAGCUACUUUAUUAUGUCUAUUUUUGAAAUAUAAUAAGAACAACUCAUCAUACAUUGAAAUUUUAAAUUAUCGUCCAAAAGAGCAAAUUUAUAUUUACAAUAGUUCAUUUAUUAAUUACUGCUCAGUUGUAUCAGAUGAUUAUAAAUUUGAUUGUUUUCCAAGAGGCAAGGUUAAUCAAAAUAGUUGUGAAGAAAGAAAUUGUUGUUGGUCGCCCAGUACUCCAAAUUCUCAAAUACCGUGGUGUUAUUAUCCUUCUAAUUAUACUAAUUACAAAGUUAUUAAUGUUACCAAAUCGAGAAAUGAAAUAGUAUCAUAUUUCAAUUUAACAUCAAAUACUAAUUAUAUAAAUGAUAUAAAAGUAUUAUGCAUGAAAGUUUUUUUCCAAACAGCUCAACGAUUACGCAUUAAGAUUUACGAUCCUGUAAAUAAACGCUAUGAGCCACCAUUCCCAGAAGUACCAGUAUUGAAAUUAGAUAAAUCAAAUAUUAAUGUACCUUUAGUAUCAGAUUAUAUCAUUGAAUUAGCUGAAAAUAAAGUUGGAUUUGCAAUUAUAAGAAAAAGUGAUAAUGUAACUAUAUUCGAUAGUCGAAAUAUUGGAGGUUUUAUUUACUCUGAUCAAUUUAUACAACUAUCAGCAUUAUUGCCGACCAAAUAUAUGUAUGGUUUAGGUGAGCAUAGAUCUAAUCUUAUGCUUGACAUGAAUUGGAAAACAUAUACCUUCUUUAAUCAUGAUAAUCCUCCAGCAAAUGGUAUUAAUGGAUAUGGUUCACAUCCAUUUUAUUUAAUAUUAGAAAAAUCAGGAAAAAGCCAUGGAGUGUUUUUAUUCAAUAGUAAUGCAAUGGAUAUUAUAUUACAACCAAUGCCAGCCAUCACUUAUCGAACCAUUGGUGGUAUAUUAGAUUUAUAUUACUUUAUGGGACCAACUCCUUCUGAUGUUGUAUCUCAAUAUACAGAAAUAAUUGGUAAUCCAUUUUUACCUUCUUAUUGGACAUUAGGCUUCCAUUUAUGUCGAUUCGGACAAACGUUAAAAGAACUUCUUCAUGUAUAUAAUAGAACUGUUAGUGCAGGAAUCCCUUGGGAUACUCAUUGGAAUGAUAUUGAUUAUAUGAAAAAUAGAAAUGAUUUUACUUUAAGUGAUGAUUUUAUAGAACUUCCUAAAUAUAUAAACUUUUUACAUGAGAUUGGUAUGCAUCAUGUAGUUAUAUUGGAUCCAGGAAUAUCAUCUCGUGAACCUAAAGGAACUUAUCCACCUUAUGAUGAUGGUUUAAAAAAAGGACUUUUCAUUAAAAAUUCCUCUGGUCUUCCACUUGAAGGCCAAGUUUGGAACCUGAAUGGGGGUACUGUGUUUCCAGAUUUUACUAAUCCUAUGUCAAUUGAUUACUGGAUAGAUCAAGUAUCCUUCUAUCAUAAAAUUCUUCCUUUUGAUGGUUUAUGGAUUGACAUGAACGAACCAUCAAAUUUUGUAAAUGGUGAUUGGGAAGGCUGCAAGUUUAAUCAUUCUAAUAAUUGGGAAAAUCCCCAAUAUAUUCCCAAUGUUGAUGGAGGAAAGUUAAAUUAUAAAACUAUUUGCAUGUCUGCUGAGCAGUAUGCUGGAGUUCAUUAUAACAUACAUAAUAUUUAUGGAUUUUCUGAAGCAAUAACAACUCAAUUUGCAUUGUCAGUUAUUCAAAAUGCAAGACCUUUUGUGAUAUCAAGAUCAAGUUUUGCUGGUUUAGGACACUUUGCUGGCCAUUGGACUGGUGAUAUAUAUUCAACUUGGGAUGAUAUGAAACAAUCAAUUACUGAUAUUAUUGUCUUCAAUAUGUUUGGUAUUCCACUUGUUGGUGCUGAUAUAUGCGGUUUUAAUAAAAAUACCACUGUUGAACUUUGUUCACGUUGGAGUCAAUUAGGUGCAUUUUAUCCAUUUUCAAGAAAUCAUAAUUCAAAUGAGAAUUUUGAUCAAGAUCCAGUUGCUUUAGGACCACUUGUUACAGAAUCAGCUAAAAAAGCAUUGUUAAUUCGGUAUUCCUUACUUCCAUACUUGUAUUCACUAUUUUGGAGAUCACAUAUUUAUGGCGAAACAGUUGCACGUUCUCUAUUUUUUGAAUACCCAUCUGAUAUCAGUACUUAUGCUAUUGAUACACAGUUUUUAUGGGGAUCUGCUCUACUAAUUUCACCAGUUUUGAAAGAGAAUCAAGUGGAUUUAGAUUUAUAUUUACCAAAUGAUAUAUGGUAUGAUUACUAUUCUAAAUAUAUGACAGUAAGUAAUGGAUCCAUUUUUACUGUCAAUGCCCCUAAAGAUACAAUUCCACUUGCAAUACGUGGCGGUUAUAUUUUACCAAUUCAAGAUCCAGCUACUACUACUACAUCAAGCCGUAAAAAUCCAUUUGGCUUGCUGGUAGCUCCUGAUAAAAAUAAAGAAGCAUUUGGGUAUUUGUUUUGGGAUGAUGGCAAUUCAUUAAAUGUAUGGGAAAAUGGGUUUUACAACGAAAUCCAUUUUAAGCUUUAUAAUACAACAUUAUCAAAUAAAAUUAUCACAAAUAAUUAUUCAGAUGAAACAAUUAUUCUACAGCAUAUUACAAUCAUGGGUAUUCAAAAUGAACCUAACAAUAUUUUAGUGAAUGGUAACAUACACAAUAAUUUUUUUUAUAAUACAACUGAAAAAGCCCUAUACUUUUCAGCUUUAGACUUGGACUUGAACAUGUUUUUCAAUAUAUCAUGGACUGAAAUUUCAAAUAAUUAAAUUUUUAUUUGUAUUUAUCAAAUGUUGUCAUUAUUUUUUUAA